AGUCGUCAGAGCUGGGCUUCAGUCGCCAUGGAGGCGGCUCUAGUUGGAGUCUGACAACAGAAACGAAUUUGCAGCGGUAUUGAAUUUAAGCAAAACCAGUCGUGUUUAUCAUGAUGUACAGAAUCCAUGAAUGUGGCGAUUUAUACUCGGGGACAGAAUAUAUCGACUAUCACGAAACUUUAAAAAAGGAUAACCCCAAUGUGUCCAGACUGUAACUACACAGCAGAGAAAUGAGAGCGCAGAACGGUUAACACAAGGAUUGAAAAGGGGGCGGUCCUAAAAACAGUUUCACGUCAUGAUUUGCUCAGCUGACUUUGUCGUCAAAUGUCAGGCAGCAAAGGUGCGUACUGACAUUACAGUAUUGAACAUGUCCUUCCCCUUUAUCGUUAUUCUGCAGACCGGCACACGGAGAGAUCUGUUUUGCAUUUGAAUGAACAAUAUAACUUGCAAGAAACGGACAAAAGGCCUUAUUAUACUUAAUGACAGUAUAUAAUAUUUUUGAAAAAUCCGUUCAGAGGAAACGUAAAGAAGUUUGCGGACCUAACAACGAAUACAUUUUGCAAUCAAACAAGAAUUACCUGUAACGCCAUGACGACACUCCUAGAGACAAAGGCAACAUUCCGUGCCGCUGAUGCAGUGUGUUUCGAUGUGGAUAGCACGGUCAUCAAAGAGGAAGGGAUUGAUGAACUGGCAAAGUUCUGUGGAGUUGGGGACGCAGUGACAGAUAUGACUCGCAAAGCUAUGGGUGGCACUAUGACUUUUAAAACAGCUUUAACGAAGCGCCUUGCAAUAAUAAGACCGUCUCGAGAACAAGUGAACAAGUUAAUCACGGACCACCCUCCUCAGUUAACAGAAGGCAUACAGGAGCUUGUGGAGCGUCUCCAGCAGCACAAUGUGCAGAUAUUUCUGAUCUCCGGGGGGUUUCGCAGUAUUGUGGAGCACGUUGCCACACAGCUCAAUAUCCCCCUGAGCCAUGUCUUUGCAAACAGAUUGAAGUUUUACUUCAAUGGAGAGUAUGCUGGGUUUGACGAGACGCAGCUUACAGCAGAAUCUGGUGGGAAAGGGAAGGUGAUCAGCCUGCUAAAGGAGAAGUAUGGCUUAAAAAAGGUGGUGAUGAUUGGAGACGGUGCUACAGACAUGGAAGCCUGCCCUCCUGCUAAUGCUUUCAUUGGAUUUGGUGGGAAUGUUACGAGGCCGCAAGUAAAAGAAAACUGCACGUGGUACGUCUCAAGCUUUCACGAGCUCCUACAAGAACUGGAAAAGAUUUAAGGACUGAAGAACAGAGAAACCUUUUUAUAAUGUUGUAGAUCAACCCAGAACUAAAAAAAUAACUACUGUUUUAAAUAACUUUUAGAACCGGCAUCAUUUAACAAUGUACGCAUUUAGAGGUUGAGAAUGACUUUGCAGUUGUAGUGUCCAUUUCAGGGACCGCCCUUUUGGCAAUGGCAUUGAAGAAAAAGGCUGCUUAUUCAACAAAAUGACUUGGUCACUUGCAUAAAUUGCUGCAUUGUCAUGAAGUAUCGUAUUCUAUGUUUUUGAGUGCUUGUGAUUUGUGAAGAUCUAAAAGCACUGGCUAUGAAAAGCUGCCCCAUACAGAUGUGGUUUUUGUAUCAUCAACCACAACUAGAGUAAACACCUCCCUAGAAUUGCUUCCGCAUGAGCUGGAAUGACCCAAGCGCCAACUCCUUUGUCCUCAGUAUCAUAUAGAAAAAACAGAAAUAUAAGCUUGUGUUUUUAAAUACAUCCUGGGGAUGUGGAUUUAGAACCCCUGAUCUAAUAUUACUGUGUGAUCUUGGGUACCACACUCUUACUGUAUAAACUGACAAUAACGUACUUGUAUGAAAAAAGUUAACGACUGUAAACACUAAAGUAUUUUGGUACAGAAACAAACAGCACUAUUGCAAUUAAAGUUACUAUUAAUUGUUUUUACUAAA